ACAAAACUGCUGGGUACGGUGGCCCAUCCGGUUUCUCUCCAUGUCAGCUGGAGAACAGGAACCUUUCCCUUCUUGCCAACUUUGGUAAGAAAUGAGAUCGCCCCUGCAGCGGCUUCUGGGCGGUCCUCCCCCCCGCCCCCCCCAACCCCAGGCCAUCCCGCCCGCAGUCCUCAUUGGGCUCGCUGGGUGGGGGAGGGAGGCGGGGAUCCCGCUAGCUCGCUUCCCCUCUGGGCCCCAUGGGUUUAAAGAACUAGGUGGUUGUCCCGGCAUUCUUGUCUGACCUUUAACCUUGGAGCGGGAGCGCCGUUCUCGUGCACGCGCGGCGACCGUUGGCGGGGGUGGCGGUGUGGCGGCGUUGCUGGGUGAGGACGUGGCUGCGGACCUUCGCCCAAGGGCCGGCUGCGGGCUGCUGGCGAGGGUCGAGGGGGCCGCGGAGAUGACUGGACGGGCGGCAGGGGCGGGUGGGCCGGGAGCCAGGGGAGGCGGGGCCGGGCGUCCCUGGGGCUCCCGGCAGAUUGCAGGUUCCUCCCGAGAAUCAAGGGCCACACCCGCCGCACGGGAGGAAGCCCCCGCUCCCCCGCCCCCCACACCUGGAGUGUGGGUUACUGUGGCCUCUGCCCUGUGGCGUGGAGCAAGCUCCAGGAGAUGCGCCUUUCAGGGGUGGUUUGCAACUUCAUCUGUAACGUUAUACUCAUGAUGCUCUGUGCAUUUACAAUGUAUUACAUAAUAAAGACGUGGUCGCUUUUAGGGGAAAUGUCUGAAAAACUGAGAAGAUGCAGAAAGGAGCUGACUGCAGCCAUUGACCGAGCCUUUGAAGGUGUCAGUCAUUCCCAGGAAUGCUCAGACCAGCAGAGGCUGGAGCAGGAUACCGCGCCGCCGCUCUCCUUCCCCCUCCCUGUGCACCGGCUCCUCUGCAGGAGGCACCCGCUGGCAGCCUUCUCCUCCUCCCCUGCUCCUUUUGCUCCAGUCCCUUGUGCUUCUGAGACAGAGAGCCCUGCCUUUGCUCCAAACCAUGCCCCAAUGAAUGCAAAGCCACAUGCUUUAUGCGCGAAAAGAAAACCUCUGACCAGUAAGGAAAACGUAUUGAUGCAUUCCUCCAUUUGGGCACCCGAAAGACAGUUUUGGAGAGCUGCAGGAGAUGGGGAGAACUGGAGAAAAGACAGCCUAAGGAAAGAUAUGGAGAAAGAUUUGAAGGUUGACUCAAACAUGCCACUCAGCAAUUCUAGCCAAGAGGUCACAAAGGAUCUGCUUGAUAUGAUCGACCAUGCAAGCAUCCGAGCUAUUGAAGAACUGGCUGGGAAGCUAGAAUUUGAAAACGCGCUGAGCCGUGUGUGUGGCCGCUGCGGAGGCUCGCCCUUCAGGGAGGAGGCCUGGGCUCUGCUCUCCGAUGAGAGCCCUCAGAAGGCCUCAGAUGCAGAGCCUGGCAGCCUCAAGCAGGCUUUUGAUGAUCACAGUAUCGUCGAGACUGUGCUGGACUUGGAAGAGGACUACAAUUUGAUGGCCUCUUUUAAAUACCAAAUUGAGUAAAGACGGCUUUGGUUCUUUCCAGCAGGAGGCUGUCUCUCAGGCAGUGAUCAGUGUCACUGUGGGCCACUGUGGGCUGGCAGAAUCUGGGUUACCACACCCUCUUUAACUUCUAGUUGUGUCCCUUUUUGAUCUGAAAGCCCUUUUUUUUUUUUUUUUUCUGUUGCUUUGAAAUGUUUCUUACUGUUGACUUGUUUUUCACUUUUCUUGACAUCUCAAAUGUGUCUUUGAUUGACGUUGAAUACAUCCGGUACCCAAGGCGGGUAUGGGUUGUGGGCC